AUGACUAACCAAAAGUCUCAAUCGGUUUUGCAUCAAGAACUGCGACACAUUCAUUUACUUCGGUCUUUCACUUUACAGUACUCAUUUUGCUGGCAAUAUCUAUCUGAAUUAUUUCCUCAUUGGACUAGUAGAGCUGCCAGCUUACAUUUUAUCUCCUAUUGCAAUGGACAGGUAUGGGAGGAGGAUUGUGAUUGCCUUGGCGCACAUAUGUGCUGCGUCGAUAUUUCUCAUACUCAAAUUAUAUGGGUUCGCACGACGUUAUGGGUCUUCGGAAAGUUUGCUAUCUCAUGUUCGUUUAUGAGCAUAUACGUUUACGCUAGCGAAAUAUUUCCUACCAACAUCAGGAAUUUAUCGAUUGGAUUUUGCGAGAUGAUGUCGAGAGUUGGGGGCAUUCUUGCUCCAUACGUCAAGGCACUG